AUGGUCACUGAAUCAACAUCAGGACGCUCGAAGGUUCGUAUCGGCGGUCAAUGCGAGCCGUUUUGGCGACAUUUCAACACUGCCGAAUGGGAGCCAGAAUGGCGAGCGCUCGUGGGCGUGUUGGAGCACGAGCAUGUGUCCGUAGAUUGGCGGCUUGCGAUCGAACGUUUGCGGCACGACUUGCACGAAAAAUCCGCGAACUUGAGGUUGAGUGCUUACAAAGAUUGGCUGGGUCACUUGGAGGAUAUGCUUCAUCACGAAAGAAGCGAACAGCUGCGUGACGUUCUCCAAGAGCUCCUCGAACAUGGCAAAUGGGACGUUAUGGACGCGUUAUUCGUGAACGCGACGACCCAACGUGACGCGGGCGAGUCGUGUUUAUGCUUACGCGUUUUGCGAGGGCUUUGUCUAUUCAUCUCGAAGAUGCGCGAGAAGUUUGUCGGGGAGAAAAUGGAAUCGCUGUUGGCGCGUUUACUCGACGAGACAGAGGAUCAGAAGAACAAAGUGGAAAUUCUCGAGUUAUUGCUCGUCGUCGUCGCUGAUGAUCAGAAUUCUCAGCGCGACUUCAUGAGACGUAACGGCGUGUCGACGGUAUGCGCGAUGUACACGUCCGACGCGAGCUCGAGUGAGUUGCUAGAGGGGGCAAAAACGUUCAUCAGCGUCUUCAUCGAGUACAUCCUCCCCGGCGGCAAAAAAGCAGCGCUGAGUAGCGCUCUCACCGCUGAAGCGCGCGAAACGGUUGCGGAAUUGAUCGGAGCGCACACAAAAGAUGUAUACGUAGUUAAGCUAUAG